CGAAAACCCCCCCACCCCACCACCGUGGUCCCUUUCUCUCACUCGAUUUUCUUCACUCCUUCCUCUCACUCGAUUUUCUUCUCCCCAUCUCUCGGACGGAUUCUCCGAGGUUGGACCUCAACCGGAACCCAGUGUAUGCGCUUUUUUCAGCUCAGGUCUACACUUUUAAAAAAGCGCCAAUACACUACUACCUUUUAUCGCACGAUGGCGUCCACCCAAUUUCCUAAAACUUAUGAGGGUGCCGUCGCCGCUCUCAAUACUCUACAGUCUAAUUUUGCUCUACUCGAUGAGAUUCGGAAAUCCGGUAUGAAAAUGAACAGUUCCGCAAUGGCUGAAAUGGUUGAAUCCGUUCGCCAGUUGGGAUACAAGCCUUCCGAUUUCGAUAGGCUCAAUAUUAUUCACGUUGCCGGAACCAAAGGCAAAGGGUCCACCUGCGCCUUCACGGCUUCCAUUCUAGCUCAAUAUAAACCUCUAGGAGGUGCAGCUGCCAAGCUUGGAUUGUAUACCUCCCCACACCUCCGUGCCGUUCGCGAACGUAUUCAGAUUGAUGGGGCCCCGCUCGAGGAAGAGCUUUUCGCAAAGUACUUUUUUGAGGUUUGGGAUAGACUUGAAGCGUCGGCUGUCGCAGAGGGGCGCGAUCCAACUAUCAAACCUGUCUAUUUCCGCUUCCUCACUUUAGUCGCUUUCCAUACUUAUCUGUGCGAGAACGUUACUACUGCUAUCUUCGAGGUUGGCAUUGGUGGCGAGCAUGACUCUACAAAUGUUAUCCAAAAACCCACUGUGGUCGGUAUCUCUAGCUUAGGAAUUGACCACACUGCCGUACUGGGUAACACAAUUGAGGAGAUUGCCUGGCAUAAGGCUGGCAUUAUCAAGUCCUCUGCUCGCACUUUUACAGUUCCACAGAGAUCAGCUGCUAUGGCAGUUAUCCAGAAAAGGGCUGAUGAAAAGGGAUCCAAGGUCGAGGUCGUCCACGUCCACCCCCAAAUCUGGUCGCGUGAGGUCAAGCUAGGUCUUCCAGCACAAUUCAUGAAUGGUAAUGCAUCUCUUGCGGUUGCACUCGCAGCUGAGCAUUUGACCCUACUUGGAAUGAACCCUGGAAUCAUUAAUGGGAAACUGCCGGAGAGGUUUGUCAAGGGACUUGCUGAGGUCGUCUGGCCUGGCAGAUGCCAAGUUAUUAAGACCGGCGCAAUGGAAUGGUGUAUCGAUGGCGCUCAUACGGUAGAGAGUCUGGAAGUUUGCGGGAAGUGGUUUGGAGCCAGGGCUGAUGGCAUUGAAAAACGUGUUCUCAUAUUCAACCAGCAAAAACGUGACUCUGAUGCCUUGAUUACCGCCCUAGCAAAUUCCCUCAAAGAAAUUCUAGGGGUCAACUCGAGGAUAUUUGACGAAGUCAUAUUUUGCACUAACAUUACUUACAAGGGGAGAGGCCAAAAAGCUGAUCUCAUGAAUGCUGGAACCGAUCCUGCAGCCUUGGAAAAUCUCUCGGUUCAAAAAAAACUUGCGCAAGCAUGGAAUAAUGUAGUUCCGGCUACCAAGGCUUCACACGUGGUUCCAACCAUCGGAGAGGCCAUUGGGAUUGUUACCGCCCUGAGUUUCAAAGCUCCUGUCCAGGUCCUCGUCACCGGGAGUAUUCACCUUGUUGGCGCAUUCUUGGAAGUUCUGGGCGAGAAAUAUCCAAACCAGGUUCAUCCGGUUCGUAAGUAGCGUUAGACCUUUCUCCAGCCUAUGGCUGUUAACUAAAUGAUGUAUUCUCCCUACAAUACUAUCUAAAAAAAAAACUUUACUACCAAAUUACAAAAUAAACAAA